AUGUUGGUCAGGGAAGGUCUCCCUGAGGAGGUGACAUUUGAGCUGAGGCCUGAAGGAGGUCAAGGAGGAGCCACUGGAGAUCUGGGCAGGAAAAACAGCCUGCGCAAAGGCCCUGAGGCAGGAAUGUUUCUGGAAUGUUUAGGGACCAGCAAGGAGGAUAUUGUGGCUGGAGCAGACUUCGAGGCAGAGAAUGGGCCAACGCUAUCACCCGGCCGCAGCCCCCUGGACUCACAGGCGAGCCCAGGGCUCGUGCUGCACGCCGGGGUGGCCACCAGCCAGCGCCGGGAGUCCUUCCUCUACCGCUCAGACAGCGACUAUGACAUGUCACCGAAGACCAUGUCCCGGAACUCGUCGGUCACCAGCGAGGCGCACGCCGAGGAUCUCAUUGUAACACCGUUUGCCCAGGUGUUGGCCAGUCUCCGGAGCGUUCGCAGCAACUUCUCACUCCUGACCAAUGUGCCCAUUCCCAGCAACAAGCGGUCCCCGCUGGGCGGCCCACCCCCAGUCUGCAAGGCCACGCUGUCAGAGGAGACAUGCCAGCAGUUGGCCCGGGAAACUCUGGAGGAGCUGGACUGGUGUCUGGAGCAGCUGGAGACCAUGCAGACCUACCGCUCUGUCAGCGAGAUGGCCUCACACAAGUUCAAGAGGAUGCUGAACCGUGAACUCACACACUUGUCAGAAAUGAGCAGGUCAGGAAACCAGGUCUCAGAGUACAUUUCUACAACAUUCCUGGGUGAGUGAAGGGCAGUGUCUGGGUUGGAGGGACACAGAGGCUGGGGGGGCUGCCCUAACCCUGGGUCCUAGUGCCAACAUUUACCC